AUGCCUGCGCCGGUGCGUGGGGGAUGGCGGCUCCCGGCAAAUCCCUCCAAGGAGGAGCUUCGCAAGGCCCUGGAGCCCUUCCGAGGAAGCGCGAAGCCCCGAGCCGCCCUGGCUCUGCUGCGGGAGGUGCCCGCCGAUCUUGCUGGCCAGGUCUUGCAGGAGUUGCUUGCGAUGCAGCUACGAGCAGAUGCUUUCCACUACUUCACCGUUAUGAAGGCCGAGCGCCGCAAGGGGCGAUGGCAGCAUGUGGUGCACCACUUUGGCCAGAUGCAGCUGCGCGGCGUGGCUCCGGAUGCGUACUGUUUCAGUCUGGCCAUGGAUGCCUGGGCAGAGGGCGGCCAGUGGUUGAGGAGCCUGGCUUUGUUUGCUCACAUCUCAGACUACACUGCGCCCAGUCGAUGCUCCCAGGUUUUGGUGGCUCUUAGGGUCUAG